AUGGCGGAGUCAGACAUUCACCUAUUCACAGUCGACAUCUCCGCAGAGGAAGUCGAAUGUCUGCAACGAGAGUUAAGAGAUACACGGCUUCCAGGACGAGAGAUUGUCCCUGGCGCCGGAACUCGCUACGGUGCGGAGCACGCCCCUCAGUUUGAGAUUUCUUUCGAUCUUUAUGAAGCAUGGACCAAAGAGUACGAUUGGUUCGCGGUGCACAAGGAGAUCAACGAGUUUCCGCACUACAUUACCCCGAUUGAAGAUGUCAAGAUCCAUUCCCUGCAUGCUCGUGCGGAAAAGCCCGACGCGAUACCCUUGCUACUCGUUCACGGCUGGCCAGGUUCAUUUUGGGAAUUUAGCCAGGAUGAUGCGCGAAUCUUUGACAAGUCGAUGAAGAAGCUCGGCUAUAAUGAGUAUAUGAUGCAAUGCGGCGAAUUCGGCUAUUUUGUUGGCCGCGAACUCGGCUCAAAGUAUACCGAUUCCUGCAAGUUGUUGCACUUCAACUUCUCCAUGAUCCAGCCUCACAAUAUUGGCAUCGCCUUGAACGACGAUCCAAUGGGUAUUUCAAUGUGGGUUGGCAAAAAGUACAACGAGGCCGCCGACCCCGAUAACCAAAAGUUACCGUUUUGGACCAAAGCCAUUCUUACGACAGCCUCUCUGUAUUAUUUUACUGGCUGCAUUAUGCCAUCGGCGCUCUGCUACUACGAAAGCAUCCCCCAUCACAGAUUUGCCGAGUUUGCUUUUGCAGCCUGA